AUGCCCUUUGACGCGCAGGACCUCCAAGAUGCUUUCGACGCUGGGCGAACACUCGCACCAGCAGCGGUCGGAACCCAGAUCCUGCUGAUGAGCGGUAUCUCUUUGGCGACCCUCGUUCUAUUCAACCUACUCCGACCACGAAACAAAAUCGUCUACGAACCUAAAGUGAAAUACCAUGUCGGCGAGAAAGCCCCUCCCACCAUUCGCGAUACCUGCUGUGGUUGGCUCCCGCCACUCAUACAAACAAAGGAGCCCGAGCUUCUCGAAUUAAUUGGGCUCGACGCUGUUGCCUACCUGCGUUUUCUCCGUCUCAUGCGCCAGCUUUUCGCCUGUGUCGCCAUCGUCGCUUGUGCUAUCCUCAUCCCAAUCGACUACAAAUAUAAUAUGGCGCAUGUCAAGGCCGCCAAGCGCGACUUUCUGUCUGCCCUGACGAUUCGGGAUGUCAAGGGCUCCAAGAUGUACGCCCACGUGACCGUCUACUACCUGAUAUCAUUCAUCGUCCUCGCGCUCGUCUACAUCCACGGCCGCGCAAUGGUCAAGCUUCGGAACGACUUCUUUCGCUCGCCCGAGUAUAUGAAGAGCUUCUAUGCCCGCACGAUUAGUAUUACGCACAUCCCUCAGCGACUGCAGCAAGACACAGGGCUGACGGAAAUUCUGGGGAAAGGCUCGCCGUACCACCCAACUUCGCUUCAUAUUGGGAGGGCGGUUGGCGAGUUGCCUCAUCUCGUCGAGUAUCACAACCAAACUGUCCGCGACUUUGAAGCUGUUCUUGUGAAGUAUCUUCGAGGAGGCGUUCACACCCAACCGCGGCCUAUGAUCAAGCUUGGAGGUUUUUGUGGACUAGGCGGUACUCCUACAGAUGCCAUUGAGUACUACACCAAAAAGCUGAAACGAACGGAGGGUGCUGUGGAGGAAUUUCGUGCUCGCAUUGAUGCCCGUAGACCUGAGAGUUACGGUUUUGCUUCCUAUGCUGCAGUUCCUUAUGCGCAUUUCAUCGCGCAGCAUGCAAAAGGUAGACAUCCUCGCGGCGCCACGACUUCCAAACUCUUAUCUCUAACCAAACCACAGAUCUGGGAGAACAUGAACCAAUCGAGAAAGUCCAUAAGCGUGAAGCGACUUAUUGGCUUUGGUUGGCUCACUGUCAUCUGUUUCCUUUCAUUGAUUCCUCUCUUGUUGGUGGCUGCAUUAGCCAAUAUGGAUGCAGUCAAAACGGCUGGCUAUCUUCCGUUCUUGGACAAGUGGUCGGGGCAUUCCGCCGUUACAUUCUCUAUCGUUUCUGGCGUUCUUCCGCCCAUCGUAUCUGGUCUUUUCACCAUCUUCCUUCCCCGAGUCAUGCGAUGGCUUGGUCGAUACCAAGGCGCUUCGACCCGUGCCCAGCUCGACCGUGCCGUCGUGGCCCGCUAUUUUGCGUUUUUGGUAAUCAGUCAGCUCAUAGUGUUCACUUUGAUCGGUGUUAUGAUUAACUAUGUCACCGAGCUUGUCAAGUUCAUCGGGAGAGGAACAACUAUUCAUGAGGUUCUCGGCAACCUGAACAAACUGCCUGGCAGAAUCAGUAAAGCAUACAUCAACACUUCGACUUACUGGCUUAAGUUCUUCCCCCUCCGUGGAUUCUUGGUCGUCUUCGAUCUCGCACAGAUCAUGAAGCUGGCGUGGAUAUCGUUCAAGACCAAGGUUAUGGGCCGGACCCCGCGUGAAUAUCGCGAGUGGACUCAGCCACCAACAUUCGAGUAUGCGAUUUACUAUUCCAAUCUCCUGUUUAUGGCGUGUGUCGGGCUAGUCUUUGCACCCCAAGUGCCGUUGGUCUCCCUCGCUGCGGCCAUCGUGUUUUGGAUCAGCUCGUGGGUGUACAAGUACCAACUCAUGUUUGUAUUCGUGACGAAGGUGGAGACUGGCGGUCGUCUCUGGAAUGUCGUCAUCAAUCGCGUCCUCGUGUCGCUUUUCCUAAUGCAGUGUUUAAUGGCGCUCACUAUCGGUCUUCGAUUUGGGUUCCGCAAACCGGACUUCGCGAUGGCUUUCCCGCCGAUGCUCAUUCUCUUCGUCUUCAAGUUUUACAUGGAUCGCAAGUUCAGCAAGAACUUUUACUUCUAUCUGCCGAAUGAGGAAGAAUUGCGGAAUGCGCACGUUCACUCUGGACGCGGAGACACGGUGAAACACAAGCUGGAGAACAGGUUUGGGCACCCGAGUUUGCAUGAGGAGCUGUUCACGCCCAUGGUACACGCGGACCAGAUGGACAUGUUAAGGAAGAUUUAUGGUGGUAAGAUUGAGGAAGAUAAGAAUCACACGAAGGAUGUCGAGGUGCUUGAUGGGUUGCGUAUUCAGGCUAUUCAACAGCGAGACCUGCAAUACGAUCCUGUGCUCUAUAGCCGCGAUCGCGGGGAGUAUUACGACUAUGACCGGUACUCGAUGGCGUCCUCCGGGCUGCUCAGUCCGCACUUGCAAGUGCCUGGCCCGAGUUCGCCGUGGAAAGGCAACAAUCAAAGUCCUGGUGUCAGUCCUGGCCUGACGCCCACCCCUUUGCCGUAUCAGCCGUCCUACUAUUCUGAAAGCAUUCUGUCUGGCUCUUCCGCAAAUGACCCGAGACAAAGCGUGUUUAUGACGAGUCCUGCUCCAAUGGGACCGGGGAGUCCGCCGCCACAAGGCUACUUUGACCCGCGACAUUCGGUGUUGGCCACGCCUCCGCCAGGCGGCCAUAUACGACAAGAGUCGUUUGGGAGACAACCCAUGUCGCCUGGUAUGCCACUUACUCCACAACAGCAACAGCGGAUGUCGCGUCAUUCGCCUUCCUCUUCGCGGUCCUCUCAACGGAUGUCGACUGCAAGCCCGUAUCCGCCUGCAAUGCCUGGACCUGAGUUCGGCCAUCAACUCGCCCCGUCACAGAGCUUCCCUCCGCAACGCAUGUCACAAUCUCCUGGACCAGAGUUUGGCCAGUUGGCGCCGUCGCAGACUUUCCCGCCCCAGCGAAUGUCAAGCACGACUGCAACCAUGUCGGUUUACUCGCAAGACUACCCCAACUCGCCGCCCCCGAUGCCUGUGGAACAGCCGCAACGUCCAGCGAUGUACGUUGUCCAACAGGAUGGCCCGAUUCAGGAGAUGCCGAGGGGCCCGCCACAACCACCACAGUUCCCGUAG